AUGACUAUCCUACGAGCUGUCCAACGAGCUCAGGGCCUCCGCAAGCCUGUGCUGACUUCAAUCCGUGGCUAUGCUUCCUCACCUGCUCAGCCGGUGACCUCACCUUUUGCUCCUCGCCAUCUUAUGUCCAUUUCCGACUUGACCCCAGCCGAACUCACCACCCUUGUUCGCAAUGCUGCUUCUCACAAGACCGCUGUUAAGUCUGGACAAGUUCCUGCAUCUCUUCAGGGCUCUCUGUUUGGCAAGACUGUAGCUUUGACCUUCAGCAAGCGUUCCACUCGCACUCGCGUCUCCACUGAGGGUGCAGUUGCACUCAUGGGCGGCCACCCCAUGUUCCUGGGCAAAGACGACAUCCAGCUUGGUGUCAAUGAGUCCCUCUAUGACACUUCGGUUGUCAUCUCAUCCAUGGUCUCAUGCAUUGUCGCUCGUGUCAAUGGCCACGAUGAUGUUGCCAAUCUGGCCAAGCACUCAUCCGUCCCCGUUAUCAAUGCCCUGAGUGAUCUAUAUCACCCACUGCAAACCAUUGCCGACUUCUUGACUAUCCACGAAGCCUUCCCUUCUACCAAUUCUGCCAAUGCGCAAGGACUGGGUCUCGAAGGCUUGAAGAUUGCAUGGGUUGGUGACGCAAACAAUGUGCUCUUUGACUUGGCUAUCGGUGCUAUGAAGUUGGGGGUCGAUAUCGCCGUUGCCACUCCAAAGGGCUACGAGAUUCCUGCCUCCAUGCGUCAAAUCAUCCAAGACGCUGCAAAAACUUCUCCCAAGCCCGGCUCGCUCAUCGAGACAACCGUCCCCGAAGAGGCCGUGAAGAACGCAGAUAUCCUUGUCACGGAUACUUGGAUCUCCAUGGGUCAAGAGGCAGAGAAGAUUGCUCGCCUGAAGGCAUUCGAGGGCUUCCAGAUCACACCUGAGCUUGCUAAGCGUGGAGGUGCCAAGGAGGGCUGGCAGUUCAUGCACUGCCUACCCAGACAUGCCGAAGAGGUCAGCGAUGAAGUCUUUUACAGCCCAAAGAGUUUGGUGUUCCAAGAAGCAGAGAACCGUCUGUGGGCUGCCAUCUCCGCGCUAGAAAGCUUUGUUGUGAAUAAGGGCAAGAUUGUGUAAAGCAUGGAAAAAGUGAAAACUAGUUGAUAGAAGGGAAGCCUGC